AUGCCGUUUGCUUCAACAUCGAGUAAAGGUGUUGAUGGCAUUUGGAGCUUAGAAUCAAAAGUGUACAGUCCAACUAAAUGUAGAAGAUCAGAAGAUCAUGGCAUGAAGCUUCUUGCAACUGCUUUGUGUUCUGUAACUUUUGGUAUUCUGAUUGGACUAUCAUUUCCAUCUUUAUGGAUCACUAAGGCUAGUCUACCAAAAACCCUUCUUCGUUCUGUUGCUCUCUCACAUAUAGAUUCAGAUACUGCAGCUCCUACACAGGCCAUUGAUAACUCAAAGAUAUGGGUUCCUUCAAAUCCUCAAGGCGCUGAGAGAUUGCCACCGGGUAUUAUUGCAUCUGAAUCAGACUUGUACUUGCGCAGAUUGUGGGGGAACCCUGAAGAGGAUUUGAAGAACAAACCGAGAUAUCUAGUAACAUUUACCGUGGGAUAUAACCAGAGACACAAUAUAGAUGCAUGUAUUAAGAAGUUUUCAGAUAGUUUCACCAUUGUUCUGUUUCAUUAUGACGGGAGAGUAAGUGAGUGGGAUGAUGAGUUUGAGUGGUCAAAGAAUGUAAUACACAUAAGUGUCCUCAAGCAAACCAAAUGGUGGUACGCAAAGAGAUUCUUGCACCCGGACAUUGUAGCGCGAUACGAUUAUAUAUUCAUAUGGGAUGAAGAUCUUGGAGUUGAUCACUUUAACGCAGAAGAAUAUGUACACAUGGUCAAGAAGCAUGGUCUUGAGAUUUCACAGCCUGGUUUGGACCCAGAGAAAGGUUGUACAUGGCAGAUCACUAAAAGAAGAAAACAUGUCGAAGUCCAUAAGGAAACAGAUGAAAAACUUGAAUGGUGCUCCAAUCCUCCUCGGCCUCCAUGUGCUGCAUUUGUAGAGAUUAUGGCUCCUGUUUUCUCAAGGGAUGCAUGGCGCUGCGUGUGGCAUAUGAUCCAGAAUGAUUUGGUUCACGGUUGGGGUCUUGACUUUGCACUCAGAAGAUGUGUUGAGGAGCCUGCUUACGAGAAGAUAGGAAUUGUAGACUCUCAGUGGAUUGUUCAUCAGUUUAUCCCUUCACUUGGCAGUCAGGGAAAGGAAGAAAAUGGAAAGUCUCCUUUAGAAGGGGUGAGGGACAGAUGCCAUAUGGAAUGGAAAAUGUUCGAGAGCAGAGUAGAUAACGCAGAGAAGGAUUAUUUCAAAUCAUUACAAGUUCAAAGCCAAUCCAAGUCAACCACCUUUCAAUAGGACCUUAACCAUUUUUGUUGUAUUCAGGAGUGAUUCUUCCCAAUAUUUACAUACAAAUCUAUAUAGUAGUAAUAUAUAUAUAUAAAUACCUCUUAUAUCAGAUUCUACUGGAUAAUAGAGACAGAGGCUUGUCAAUAAACUCUUCAAGAUUUAUCAAAUCACUUUUUCCAAAACAAUGAAGUUCAAAGAGCUGAGACAGAACAGGUGUGUCAUCGCGUCCUGCCUAGCCAUGCUGCCAUAGUGUGAGUUGCGUCUCCACCUGUCAGUUGUGAGUCGACCACGGGAGAAAAAGGAGCUCUCCGCAACGCACCAUCUGGUUGGCUGAUCACAACAGGUGUCAGAGGAACAGCAGACAACAUAACACAAUCAUUGGGUGGGGAUGAUCCUCUAACGACAACCUCUGUCGUGGUGACACAUGUUUAGACCACCGCUGGUUUUAGAAAACCCUAAUCGCCCAUCGUAAUAUGAGUGGUGGCUAAUUCUCUCUCUCUCUCUCUCUCUCUCUCUCUCUCUCUCUCUCCUUUCAAAGAUUUCUCUCAAUCUUUCAAAAGCGCUGCACAGUCUCUGUGAAUACAAUACAACAAUAAAACGUUAUUAACAAUGUGUAUUUCGCUAUUUCCGACCGACAGCGUCAGAAGGAGUAGUACCACUUCUUGUUUCUUAAAGAACAUGGUGAUUUCUGUUUUUCAAAUUGUUGGAUACGAUACUGAACCCUCCAUAGAGAUAGAGGAAGACAAGCCUAAAUAGGAUAGGAGAAGAAGAAUCUCGAUAACGCAGUUCAAGUCUCUGUGUUAAAACAGAGGAGAAGAAGAAGAGAAAGGAGUAGAGUGUUGUGUGUGUCAUUGUGGGUUUAAAGAGAAAGAGGAAGUGAGUGAGUUGGUUUCUUGCAAGCAUUUCUUCCACAGAGCUUGUUUAGACAACUGGUUUGGUAAUAAUCACACGACCUGUCCUCUUUGCAGUUUCUUUUUGGCUUUUGCUAUGUUAGAGCAACAUUAUUGCUAGGACCAAUUGUUGGAUCCUUAGAUUAAUUAAUUGUUAUUUUGAGGUUAAGGACCAAAGCUAAGGACAAUCCCAAAAAAUUAGAUUAUUGGUAGGACUUGUUGAUGUUUCUUAAUAAACUUAUUAUUUAUUUAAAUAAUUAAUGAUAAAAAAGAAAAAAUUUAAAAUAUAACAUAUAACAUUAAAUUGAAAACAUGAAAAAAUUACAAAGUU